AUGCACCUCGUUGCAUUCGGACGUUGCAAUUUGAGACGUCCAAUUAAAGCUGCUACGCCAGAAAUCAUCGAUAAAGUCCACACUAUUGUUUUUACUGAUCGACGAGUAAAAGUGCGCGAGCUUAUUGAAGCCACAGGCAUAUCACAUGGCAUAGUGAUUUCAAUUUUGCAUGAACAAUUAAGUAUGAAAAAGCUAUCGGCAAGAUGGGUGCCGCGUUUGUUCAUUGUUGACCAUAAGCGUGACCGUGUGACGAUUUCAAAACAAUGUUUAGAGAUGUUUCAACGUAAUCCAGAUGAAUUUAUGCGUCGAUUCAUUACUGUGGACGAAACAUGGAUCCAUUACUUCACAUCGAAGACGAAGGAACAGUCAAAGCAAUGGGCUUCACCGGGUGAACCAGCUCCGAAGAAGGUAAAGACCGUGAAGUCGGCCGGAAAGGUGAUGGCCACAAUUUUUUGG